UGCACUGCACCGUCGGCUACUAUCGUGGCAGCACGCACGCACCGCGCAGACGAAACGGAUCACUACGGAAACGGGAUAUACGGGAUACACGGGACACGGGAUACGUAAUCGCGAUCCUGACCUUGCUCCAUUGCCCAUCUCUAUCUAGUGACCGGCGAACAGCGAAAUAACCGAUAACUAAAUAAUUAAAUUACCGAGAAACCGUCGCUCCUAACGGGAUCCGAUCACUGCGCGUCAAUUCACGUCGACGUUUCGAUUAUUCGACGAACGAAGCACGUGAUUAGUAUGUUUUAGAUCGAAACGCUGAUAAUCUGAGUGGCCAGUGGAAGCAGUUUUAUUACGACGUUUCACUGAAACUCGAUAUAAUUGAUGACAUUGACUGCUAUAUGGGGAGUGAAGACGUUUUCGGAGGGUGACAAGUAAUAGAAAAUAAAGUGAACCAAUCAUUGAUUAAAAUUAAUUAAAAAUUAAAACUGUUACACUCGAACCAACUAGACAUCAUAUUUCUCUGCUUGAAAAUUCAACUGUUUUGCAGCGGUGUGAAAUUCGCGUUUCAUUUUCCACGUUUUCGAAACCCGUCAUCGUCGUUUGGUUUGUAAUCUAUUUUCCACUGUCCAAUCGCACGGAGAAAACUGUCUAUAGUUUUUUGAAAAAUUUUUGUGUUUCGAAUUAAACUUUCAACGGUGUGUGGUAGUAACAAUAAUAAUAACAAUAACAACAAUAAAAUUCCUCCACCGUUCGUUGCACCCGCGAUUCGAUAAAAUGAACGACAUUUUAUUCAGUGCAGUAGCAACAAAUCCGUGUAGACGCGUUACAAGUGUGCGUAGCCCCGUUGUCGAUGUUUUUGUUAUUGUUGUUGUGUAGUCCGCCAAGGUACAGUAUAGAACUGCCGCGUGUGCUUUUGCCAGAAGAAGGGAAUUUAUUACACCGAGGAACUAUCGCGAUUCCGCAACAGGAUCAUCUCAUCCAGAGGACUACGCGACGCGAUGGAGGCUGGAUAUUCCAUGCUCAGUACCGACCUAGAUGUCUGCCGGAUGUUCGAUCAGUUCCUCUACAAGAGAAGUGACAACCUCGAUUUGUCUCUGAGCGUUCCGCAGCACCAUCAAAACUCCUAUCACAACGGUUACAAUAUGGCCGAUCAGACAUUCCACACCCCUAGUUUUGGAGACGAGGAUUUUGACAUACCGGCCAUUCAUCCUCACCCUCAUCAACAACAUCAGCAACAACACCACCAACAGCACGAUCCGAUGCAUGGCUACCAACCACAGAUGAUGCAGGGUGGUGGUAUGCAACAGUCUCCCGAUGGAAUGAAUCUCGAUCCCGGUGGUUACCAACAACCACUUUAUUUACAACAGGAACACGCCAUGCAGCCAAUAAAUGUCAGUUCGGCUUACAGUAGUCCUCAAGGUUCGUAUUCGACGAUGUCUUCACCCGGACAACAGCACGGUAGUCAGCAAAUUUUGCUACUCCAACAACAUCCACAUCAACAGCAACAGCAGCAACAACAACAACAACAACAACAACACUCUCAGCAACAACAUCAACAGGUGCAACAAAUGCAACAGCAUAUGCAGUACAUGCAUCCUCAACAACAACAGCAGUUGCAACAACAGCAACAACAACCUAUGCAGUAUCGUAGUCCUACGGGGGGAAGUCCGCCGGCCUUGCAACCAAAUGGAAUACCAGAAAAUGUCAACACCACCACCAGUGAGGAUAGCGACGACAGCACUCCACAUUCAGCCGUGAUGGCUGCCAUAAAGCAAUCAUCACCGGAAAGGACCGACGCUGUUACCAAAACCCAAAAGAAACCUAAGGGGCAGAAAAAGAAGAAGAAGAAGAAGAGUGAUCCGAAUGAACCACAAAAGCCGGUUUCUGCUUACGCUCUAUUUUUCCGAGAUACUCAAGCGGCUAUCAAAGGACAAAAUCCUAGCGCAAGUUUUGGCGAUGUUUCGAAAAUUGUCGCAUCAAUGUGGGACGCCCUCGAUACCGAGCACAAAGACGUGUACAAGAAGAAGACUGAAGCAGCGAAAAAAGAAUAUUUGAAAGCCCUUGCUGCGUACAGGGCAUCUUUAGUCAGCAAAGGCGCAGGCGAAGGAACUCAAGAACAGCCUCAACAACCUGCCCCUGUUCAGUACGGAGGUUAUGGAGGUUAUGGGGGUAACGGAGGUCCUAGCAAUGUUUCCUAUCAAGGGUACAGUCCACAACCUCCUUCACCACAACAACAACAUCAGCAGCAGCAACAGCAGCAACAACAACAGCAACAACAGCAGCAGCAACAGCAACAACAACAACAGCAACAACAACAACAGCAACAACAACAACAACAACAGCAACAGCAGCAGCAACAGCAGCAGCAAAUGCAAGCCAUUAAAAAAUCACCUCACCACCUAGCCGCUAUGGGAAAUCCUCAGCAACAGCAACAGGCAUUGAUGGGUACCCCUAUGAGUCACAUCCAACAACAACAGCAACAUAUGCAACAAGUUCCACAGCAGCAGCAGUAUAUGCAGCAGGUACCUCAACAGCAAGUGCAGCAGGUUCAGGUCCAGCAACAACAGCAGCAACAGCAACAGAUGUUACACAUGAGUCCACCAAGAGGUGACUCCCUAUCGAGUCCUCCGCCGGUUACAGGAACCCAGGUGAAUAUGGGAGGUCAAAGAGCUCCGACAAAUGCUUGCAUCCGUCACGGUUGUCCAAAUCCCGCGGUAGCUAACAGUGAGUGGGAGGAUGAGUACUGCAGCAAUGAGUGUGUGGUCAGCCACUGCAGGUUUGUAGAUGUAUUCACCACAUGGGUAUCCUCGAAUCAAAAUCCUCAGCAAAAUUUCUCAACCGUAAAAUAAGCGCGAGAAUAAUAAUAUAACCGAUAAAAACUAAUAAUAAUACAAACAAUAAUAAUAAUAAUAAUAAUAUUAUUAAAAUGAUGAUGAUGAUGAUGAUAAUGAUAACACAAAUGAUUAUAGAAAUGAUUUUAGAAAUAAAUCUAAAUACGACUUUCGGCUACUCGAAGGCCUCGCAUGCUCAGCUCGGGGCUUGUUGUUGACCCUUAUAUAAAAAUAAUAAAAUCAAUAAAUUUACACAAUAUGUACAUAGAUUAGAGCGUAGUGAGAGUUCUGAAUCAUAGAAGGGAAAGAAAGGAAUGAAUGAAUAAAGAACUUGAAAUUUAAAAGAAUAAAAAAUGAAAAUCUCAAAGAAUACGAUGAUAGCCCCACGGCAUUUUUAAUUAACAAUUAUUUUUAAUUAUUCCAAUCGGCGAGAGGGUAACAAUCUGUCUGUGAAACGAUUAAAUAUUAUUUCUCUAAGGACUCGAAUUAAAAGUAAUGGGAAAAUCAUUAUUCACUGAUUCAAAAAGACGCAGUUGAACUUUUAGAUUAUUCAAGUGUAUUAUAGAUACCUUGUGAUUUUCAAAACGGUGAGUAAAAAAUAUCGAUUGACACAUAAUCGGUAUAUCUCUUUAUACAUAACUGUUGCGGUCAGUUAUCAUUCGAAUACCAACUAAUUUUGACCUUGCCUUCGCCCCGAUUCGAGAUACUAUAUCGAGAGAGAUGCGAAGGAAGUUCCUGAUAAUUAUGCGAAGGAAGAAUAAGAGAAAUAUUCCAAUAUUAUUGAUUGCGCUAUCGAAGAAUACAUAUAUACAUGUAACGGGAGAGACACACUUCAAUAAAUAAAACUAACAUACCUAUGUAUUAUCAUUACCUGGUGAACGCCACGGCUGCUGGUUGUUGCAUGUUUUCAGUUUUAACUUUUAGCUAGGUACAUAAACGAAUAAAUAUGAUAAUUGAAUUAAAGGUUGUAAAAAAAGCAGGAAACCUAUAGCUCGUCAUACUUUGAUCGGAGCCACGCCACGGUUUAAGGUUGUUAAUUACGUCCUUUCGGAAUGAUCGGUUGUGAUUCUGAGAAUAUGAAUUUUGAAAACAUGAAUGAAACAUAUUAGAUAACAAAGAUAUCGACGACCGCCAACCCUCGUUCCCUGUUGUGGCUUUGACCUUCAUCAAAAAAUAUUAUAUAUACCAUAUACAUAUUAUGAAUGAAAAUUAACAUCCCAUCAGCCAUGAAUUCGAAAGGAAUUUCUUAUGUGUAUAAAACAAAAGAAUUCGACAUGAACACGUAAAACCGAAAUCGUAGUUUCAUUCACAAAAUAAAAAAAAUAAAACUAUAGAACCAACGGUUAACUUUGUUCAGAUAUUUGUUUCUUCUUGAGCAAUUUAACAUUAAUCUAUAUUUAAUGUUUCGUAAAGUUUGUAUUUUCUCCCUUGAGAAGAGAGUAGAAAAGCAAAGAAAAGAAAGUAAGUAGAAACUGAACAAAGUUUUCCGUGCUCCAGACACCCUGCCUUCCCAUCCACCCCUUUCCCAUUUGUAAUCGCGUAGGAAAAGAAGAAAAAAAAAACUAAUAAAUUAAUGAUUAAAAAACCAGGAGAAUACCAGAGUAGAAUAGAUAUUAAGGUUGAAAGAGCUCCGCCUGCGGGGCUCCACUAAUACUUAUUUUUGUAUCUCUACCUAAUUAUCCGCAGACAAUUAAAUUCAAUAGAACAAGAAAAAACCAAAGUAAACUAAAAACAAUCUCAAAUGUACCAACAAUACAAUACAAACAAAUCUUUUUGCAAAAA